GGCGGGCGGCGAGUGCGGAGUGCGCGUCAUGUGCGGGAGUAGCUGCGGGAGCGAGCUGCGGUUGUGAGCGCUUGUGGAGAGGGGGGGCCGGCGCGCGGGGCACCAUGCACACGGACGUGGUGCUGCUCUUCCUGCUGGUCUGGUCGGCCGGCGCGUCCGGGCAGACGCGCCCGAAGGCGCAGACGCUGCAGCGGUGCCGGAACGUCAGAUUGAAAAGAGAAAUGCCUCUGACGGAAGGAGCCCGCCGCUUCAGGAACACCAGCUCCAUUUUCAAGAGGAGUCCCGACAUCACCAAAGUCUGGGGCCCGAAGUCCGAGCAGCUGCUGAAGAUCGACAACCACGACUUCACCAUGCGGCCGGGGUUCGGAGGGCCCGCAGUCCCGGUGGGAGUGGAUGUGCAGGUGGAGAGCCUGGACGCCAUCUCGGAGGUGGACAUGGACUUCACCAUGACGCUGUACCUGAGGCACUACUGGAAGGACGAGAGGCUGGCCUUCAAGAGCAACACCAACCUCAGCAUGACCUUCGACGGGCGCCUGGUGAAGAAGAUCUGGGUGCCCGACAUGUUCUUCGUCCACUCCAAGAAGUCCUUCACCCACGACACCACCACCGAGAACGUCAUGCUGCGGGUUUACCCGGACGGAAAAGUCCUCUACAGCCUGCGGGUGACGGUCACGUCCAUGUGCAGCAUGGACCUGAGCCGCUUUCCUCUGGACACGCAGACGUGCUCCUUGGAGAUAGAGAGCUACGCCUACACGGACGACGACCUGAUGCUCUACUGGAAGGAAGGGAACCGCUCGCUCAACACGGACGAGAAGAUUUCCCUCUCCCAGUUCCUCAUCCAGAAGUUCCACACCACCACCAGGCUGGCCUUCUACAGCAGCACGGGCUGGUACAACCGUCUGUACAUCACCUUCACCCUGCGGCGCCACGUCUUCUUCUUCCUGCUGCAGACCUACUUCCCCGCCACCCUGAUGGUCAUGCUGUCCUGGGUGUCCUUCUGGAUCGACCGCAGGGCCGUCCCCGCCAGGGUGCCGCUGGGCAUAACCACGGUGCUCACCAUGUCCACCAUCAUCACCGGGGUCAACGCCUCCAUGCCCAGGGUGUCCUACAUCAAGGCCGUGGACAUUUACCUCUGGGUCAGCUUCGUCUUCGUCUUCCUCUCGGUGAUAGAGUACGCCGCCGUCAACUACCUGUCGACUCUGCAGGAGCGCAAGGAGAGGCUCCUCCGCGAGAGGCUGCCGUGCACCUGCGGCCUGGCCCAUCCCGGCAUGAUGUCGGCCAGCUACAGCGAGGUGGAGGCCAACGCCACGGGGAACUACGGCCUGCCGGAGUCCAACGGCGUGAAGCGGGAGAGGAUGCUGGUGCAGCUGGCGAUGGAGAGCGACCAGGUCACGGGCCACGUCGGCUCCAGCGCCUACAGCAACGUGUGGAUCGACACGCACGUCAUAGACAAGUACUCCCGGGUCCUCUUCCCCGGCUCCUACGUCCUCUUCAACAUCUUCUACUGGUCCAUCUACUCGCAGACGGGAUGAAGCCUUCACGGAUGCUCUCGUGCGGACCACAAUUUGGGGCUUUUUUUUGGGGGGGGGGGGGUCUUCAGAUUUGAAGGAAGAAGAUGGACCUUUAGGCUGUCAUCGCGGUGGAAAAACUGAUGUUGUAUGAUUGCCUUUGUGUACACGCAGGUUCUUGAUAAUCUUCUGUCGUUGAGAGAUAAUGUUUCUAUUUUCAAACUAAUACCUAAAAUGAUGAAGGCACUUGCAAAAAGUGCUUCAGUUUUACCUCUUUACUUUUGAUCUCAUUUCAAUCUUCUCCUUUUCACAAAAAGAACUAAAACACGGACCCCGGAGACGCAGAAAGUAACGGUUGUGAGCACAGGGGUGGUUCCUGGUACCUGAGGUGUAGCAGAGGACGUCUGUGUGAGGAAGGACUUGGGUCACCGGGUCCAGUCACUGACAAACAGCAGCUGUUUGCCAUGUACAUUAUGGUUUUUUUUGUUUUUUUUUAAAGUAAAAUCUUCAGGGUUUCAUUGUUAUAUGUCAUUCUUUGUUAUGUCAUUGUUUUAUUACUUAAACCUGUUCCUCAUAUGCUUGAACGUACACUUUGUCGUAGUCACGGACAAUCUCACUUGCAAAUGGAGCUUUUUUUUUUUUCUACCGUCACGUCUCCGUCUCUCAUUAAAUGUUCUCCUCAACAUGUUAAAUCAUGUAGUUGGCAAGUUGUACAGAAUAAAAUACCCUUUUUCUUAGUUGUUCUCAGGCUGUUGACUUUACUCACAUAGUCAGCUUUCAUAGAUCAACGGGGGACAUUUUUCAAAAUGUGUCCUUCUGUUGCCUUUUAGCUUACGUAACGUCUGCUGUGACAUCUGUCCUGGCUUAUGUCAAAUUUAAGACAAAGCCGAACCGGCAGACAUGGUAGACAUAAACGGAGAGCUUAGUGAAAUCAUUGUAAACUGCCCAAAUGAAAACAACAAUCUCUCUGUCGCUCCUAAAAAAACACGUUAUGGUUCAGUGGCUUCAUUUAGAAGUAAAUGGAUCAUAAUCAUUGUCGUUUAUUAUCAUCAUUAUUAUUGUUCACUUGGUUUGGGUUUGAUUCUGGUCUCACUAAGCUGGAUCAUUUAUAACCAUGGUAACCAUGGUAACCUACGUGUAUUUAUAUCUACGCUAUAUUAAAUCAAAAUAUGACAUCCUGAUAUUGAUUUUCAUGUGCAGCAGGCUGUGAAGGACGACAAAGGCAUUGAACUGUGUAAUUAUUCAGAAGUGUUUAACAUAAGAACUAUAAUAUAAUGAAUUAAUACAACAAUAGGCCUAUAUGUUAAUAGCGCAGAUAAGUGUCCUUUUUUUCUUUUUCUUUUAAAGUGAUGAAUUAAAA